AUGAUCUUACAAGUUGUAGCAUUGUUCAGACAUGAAUCCGCCAAUCUAAAGAAACUAUUUAAAGAGAGGCAACAUGUUAAAAGUCAAUUAAAGCUAUCGCCACAAACUAUUUAUAAAUCUGUCAUUUAUCUUGAUAGUAAAUUUGAAAAUCUGCCAAUGGUGGAUUUAAUAAAGAAAAAUACAUUAAAGAUAAAGAAGAGGGUAACAAAAUAA